AUGGACAAUCGACGGAUCAUUCGCUCUUAUCGGGAGAAGCAGGCCAACGCGGCAGCCUCCACGCCAUACACUCGUUCCGAGAGUGGGUUGUUUUCUAAAAUGAAACUGUUCUUUACUCCAUCAUCGUUGUGGGCAAAGGACCAACAGCAACUGCAACAACAACAACAACAACAACUUCCCCAACAAUCAACUCCACAACCACAAAAGCAACAGCCAUCAGUACAACAGAAGGUUCCUGGGAUCAUAUCAGAGUCUUCUCUUGCUGUGGAACCAUUCAAGUUUCCCGAACUGGAACUCAACACCCCUCGCAAACCUUCUUCAACUUCUUCAGCAUCCACGGAUGUCUUCAAAACCCCCAACCAUGUAUUGACUUCUUUCUUCCAGGCCAGAGGAGAUAAGCCAUUAUCUGAGGUUGAGUACGAAGGUGUGGUGGCUCUUUUAUCAAAGUCUCGCCUGAACACUCCUGCCACCGUUAAGGUUCUGCAACAACAAAGAGACUCUCUUUACAACCGUACUAUACAAGAGGAACAUGAAGAUGAGAGAGAUUUAAACAACGAUUCCGAACAUUUGGCAAACUCCUCAGUGGCUUCUGGCCUUUUUGUCACUCCGUACAACCAGAAGGUGUUGAAGAAUAAUGGAACCGCUUUUGCCACUCCAGAAUAUAAACCAGUGUAUCAUACGGUUAGCAAUGGCAAUGGACAGGGAAACGGAAGAAUAUCCUCAGUCCCCUCCGUCAAGAGAGUAUACCAAUUCUCGGGCUUACCCUCUCCUUAUAGAACGAGAAUAAGAACCCCAAACUUGUCUGCCAGAAAACAAAAGCAGCAACAAUUCCAACAAAAGCAACAACAACAACAACUGCAAACACUUGAAACCUCUGUCAUUUCGUCUCUUGGAGAAAAUUCACCUAUUCCAUCGAAGAAAUCACUCAGUAGUGCCGCAAACACAUUGUUAUCUAUCCUCGAUGGUGAGUCACAUGAACAACCACAAGAAAGCUCCAUCAAGGCGUUCUCAAGUCCAUAUGCUAAACCUAAAAGAACCAGGGAAGAACAACCAACCCCUAUGAAAAAGAAAAGAUUGACAGCCGGAGACAUCGCAAAGUCCAUGUCUUACGAUAAAUCUGAGAAGUUGCCAGAAGUUGGAAAGGUAAAGGAGAGCACACCGGUUGUGGAAAAGUUUGCCAGCGUUACCGAGGAGAAAUCUAAAACAGAGGAAAUGAAGAAGGAAGAAAUACCAGUGACUAAGAAGGCUGAACCUUUCACUUUCAAGCCAAUUGUGAAUCAGCCAAGUACUACGUCUACAUUUAGCACCGGAGUGACACCCGCGCCAGUUUCCACCGUUGCACCUACCACUACUACAUCGGUACCUCUCUUUGCUGCUGCUGCUCCUGUUGCUCCUGUGCCUGCCCCAGUUGCAACACCUGCCCCAUCCAAUGGUGCUACUGUGUCCAUCCCAAUCACCAAGAACACCAACAGUACUUCUAAUGGCAAACCAGCCUUCCAAUUUGGAACUACUACAAAACCUCUGGUGGAAACAAACCCUACAGACAAGCCAAAGCUUGAUGUUUCCUUCAGCAUUGCAUUCCCACUGAUCAAACCAAACCCAGUACAUCUUGACCUCAAUAAGGUUGAGUCGUACAAGCAAUAUUUUGAAUUUUAG